ACGUGCUUUAGGGGCCUGGGCUUUCAGGCUCCUUCUGGCUCAGCUUGGGACAGAGCCCCAGACCAGAGGACACCUGUGGUCUUGGAUUUAAAGCUCAGUAAUGGGGAAACUUGAAAAUGCUUCCUGGAUCCACGAUCCUCUCCUGAAGUACCUGAACAACACAGAGGAGUACCUGGCCCACCUGUGUGGCCCCAAGCGCAGCCACCUAUCCCUCCCGGUGUCUGUGGCCUAUGCGCUGAUCUUCGUGGUGGGGGUGACGGGCAAUCUUCUGGUGUGCCUGGUGAUUGUCCGACACCAGACCCUGAAGACACCCACCAACUACUACCUCUUCAGCCUGGCUGUCUCAGACCUGCUGGUCCUGCUCUUGGGGAUGCCUCUGGAGGUCUACGAGAUGUGGCACAAUUACCCUUUCCUGUUCGGGCCAGUGGGAUGCUACUUCAAGACCGCCCUCUUCGAGACUGUGUGCUUUGCCUCCAUUCUCAGUGUCACCACGGUUAGCGUAGAGCGCUAUGUGGCCAUCGUCCACCCGUUCCGAGCCAAGCUGGAGAGCACACGGCGGCGGGCCCUCAGGAUCCUCGGCCUGGUCUGGGGCUUCUCUGUGGUCUUUUCUCUGCCCAACACCAGCAUCCACGGCAUCAAGUUCCAGCACUUCCCCAACGGAUCCUCUGUGCCUGACUCUGCCACCUGCACUGUCAUCAAGCCCCUGUGGGUUUACAACUUCAUCAUCCAAGCCACCUCCUUCCUCUUCUACAUCCUCCCCAUGACCCUCAUCAGCAUCCUCUACUACCUCAUGGCGCUCAGACUGAAGAGAGAUGAAUCCCUUGAGGAAGACAAAGUAACUGUGAGCGUUCACAGACCCUCCAGAAAGUCAGUCACCAAGAUGCUGUUUGUCUUGGUCCUUGUGUUUGCUAUCUGCUGGACCCCCUUCCAUGUGGACCGCCUCUUCUUCAGCUUUGUGGAGGAGUGGACUGAGUCCCUGGCUGCUGUGUUCAACCUCAUCCAUGUGAUAUCAGGUGUCUUCUUCUAUCUGAGCUCAGCUGUCAACCCCAUCAUCUAUAACCUCCUGUCCCGACGCUUCCGGGAGGCCUUUCAGAAUGUUGUCUCUCCUUCCUGCAAAUGGUGCCAUUCCCAGGGUCGCCCACAGGGCCCUCCUACCCAGAAGAUUAUCUUCUUGACAGAAUGCCACCUUGUGGAGCUGACAGAGGAUGCUGGCCCCCAGUUCCCUUGCCAGUCAUCCAUCUGCAACACCCACCUCAUGGCCCCCUAUGCCACAGAGGAACCAUGAAAGAAGUGGUCAGAAGGCCACUUCAGAAGGCCUGGAUUCUGUGGAUUGACAUCCCUCUAAGCCCCUAGCACUGCAAGGAGGGACACCCUGUCACCUCUCCCUCCUUGUGUGCUAUUAGGGGGAUAACAAGGCUCUUACUCAUUAAUUUUUUACCAUUUAUUACAAUUUAUUCACUUUGUAUCCCCGUUGUGGCCCCCUCCCUCAUCUCCUCCCAAUCCUACCCUUCCUCCCUCUUCUCCUCCUAUGCCCCUCCCCUAGUCCACUGACAGGGGCGGUCCUCUUCCCCUUCAAUUUGAUCCUGCCCUAUCAGGUCUCAUCAGGACUGGUUACAUUGUCUUCAGGGGGAGAUAAAAAGACCUGGAGGCGAUAGGAGUUCCAAAAGGAGACCAACUGAGCCAAAAUAAUUGAGCCCUGGGAGCCCCGCAGAGACUGAUACCCCAACCAAGGACAAUGCAUGGAGAGGACCUAAAACCUCUCGGCUCAGAUGUAGCCCAUAGAUUCAGUAUCCAAGUGGGGCCCCUAGUAAGGGGAGCAGGGGCUUUCUCUGGCAUGAAUUCAGUGACAGGCUCUCUAAUCACCUCCCCUUUGGGGGGAGGGGGGGUGCAGCCUUGCCAGGCCACAGAG